AGAGCCAUUUUGGCUCGAGGAGGGGGCCCCGCCGCGGGCACCUCGGCCUGCCAUGGCCGCCGCGGGGGGCAAAGGACUCCUCGGCGGCCCAGCCUACCACAGCCUGGUGCCCUCGGCCCGCGAGGCUCAGGAGUUCGCGGGCGCGGCUGCCCCCUGCUGGGACUCGCGGGCGCCGGCGCCCCGCUGCGGCGCCGAGCGCGGCUGCGCGCGGGACAUCGGCGGCGGAGGCCUGGCUGCCGGGAAGCUGUGCGUGGGCCUGGCGCCCGCGGCCGUGCUGCUGGUGCUUCUGGCCGCGUGCCAGCCAGAGGGUCAGGUCGCCCGCCGCAGGAAGGCGGCGCCCCACGGCGAGGGGGGCAGCGGCGGUGCCAUCAGCAGCAGUGGCGGUGCGGUCUUGUCUAGAGCCUCCUCGGUGUCCGCGGGCCUUCUGAAGGCCUUCGGCGGGCAGGACGCCUGCGAGGCGAGCUUUGCAGACCAGGACCAGUCGGCGGAAUGCUUCUGCCAGGUGGCCCGAAACCCAGGGUGCAGCGGGAGACCGUGUAGCUGCACCGCCGCGUGUCCUCAUGACGAGGCGUCCGUGUGGCGGCUUCCGACCGCUGUCAGCUUCGUUGGCGAUAGGGGUGCAGUUGGCUGCUCGGGUAAGGCCACCUCCAUAGUCACGGUCUCGAAGUCCUAUUUCGCGAGCCUAGAUGCCUUGAAGAACACGUGCCCCGAUAGGAUGACGGACCUGAUCGCCGAGAUGUUGACAGGCGGCCUGCGAGCCUAUCGACAAGCCGUCGGCCCAGGCGCCGUGCGCCACUGCAUCAGAGGCCCCGGCACGCAUGGCGCGCCCUGGCUCCACGCCGUCACCUUCUGUGCAGAGGGGGAGCUGGACCACCUGCCCUCCUCUGCCAGACUCAACUGGUGCACCACCAUGACCGACGAGGCCCAGGCGCACUGGGCCGCCGCGCUCGCCGCGGUGUGGGCCGGUGGCUCGCCAAGCAUGCCAGCGCCGCUCCCUGGCGCCAGCGCGGGCGCCGUCGCGGUCGGCGGCUCUGGCGGCCCCGCCUCGUGCCGAGAGGUCGGGUGUGGCAGGCACCGCCAGGAGCCGGAGUGCUCCUGCAACGGCGCCUGCCGCCAGCACGGGGACUGCUGCAGCGACUACGUGGCCGUCUGCGAGGAGGGCGGCAACGUGAGCGGCGGCGGCCAGUGCUACUUCGAGCACCACGGCGGCGGCAUCGGUGAGCUGUGCUUCUGUCAGCUCGCCGGGAACUCUGGCUGUGCCGAUCGCAGGUGCGCGUGCGACCAGGGCUGUGCAGGCGAUGCCCUUCUCGGGGGCAACGGGCACAGCGUCACCUUCAACAACAUCCACGAGGCUAGCGGGUGCGUAGGCCCACCUGCGGCGUUGCUGACGAUCCCCAGGUCAUUCUACAAGAAUAUCCAUGCUCUCAGGGACGGGUGCAGGCAGAGGAUGGUAUCCCUCCUGGCAUCUAUGCUCGAGGCGUCGUUCGAGACGUACCAGAGCAGGGUGGCGCUGGGCCCAGUCUCGCAGUGCAUCCACGCAUCGCACGCCGUCAGCGUGGGAUGGCUGCACCUCCACACCUUCUGCCCCGGCGGCGGCAUCGACAACCUGCCGAGCUCGGCGCACGCGGGCUGGUGCGGCACGAUGUACAGCUCGGCGGACGCGCCUGCUCUCGCCAAGGCAAUUGCCGCCUGGGCCAGCCGAUAGGCUCCCGCGGGCAGGCGACCCCUACCCGGCGUUGAGCCGCAACCCUUUCUCCGAAGCAGGUACUGGGCAGCAGCGGCUGGUGUGGGCCCCCGUAGCAGCUCAGUCCUGCUACAGGGAAGAGGGUCCACAUGGCUUCUUGCGAUGUCCAAUUGGAUCCAUAACCUGGGUGAAAGCAGGAGUGUACCGGCCACUUGUGAAGGUCGGCAAUUGACGGUAUUCUUCCGUGUAGGAUGUUUUCUUACCCCCGUGCUGGAAUGUAGUGCUAGCGGCGAGGGAAUAGGCGAAGAUCAGGACGGCCAGCCACGGACUGUUGCUGCCCGCUUCUCCUGUUCCCGCCGCCAGCAGUUAUGGUCCCUUGCUGCAUGGUCUCACCAGCCCACAUUGGGGGCCAGGCGCCCACGUCGGAAUAUGGGGCAAUUCGGUUUCCUUCAGGCGCUAAUGACUCUCAUCAUCUGCUGCUCCUCCCUC